AAAUCUUUGUUGCACUGUUUAUACAGGUUGGUGAGGAUGAUUCUGUGAUCAUUAUGACACAUGAACCAAAUUGGAUUCUUGAUUGGUACUGGAAUGAUGUUUCUGGAAAGAAUAUCGAGCACCUAAUAUGUGAUUACUUAAAAGGAAGGUGUAAACUUCGAUUGGCAGGGGACUUACAUCAUUAUAUGCGUCAUUCAUGUGUUCAGUCAGAUAAGCCUGUGUACGUACAACAUUUACUUGUGAAUGGUUGUGGUGGAGCUUUUUUACACCCAACCCAUGUCUUCAGUAAUUUUUCCAAAUUUUACGGAGCGGCAUACGAGAGCAAGGCAGCCUAUCCUUCUUUUGAUGAUUCAAGCAGGAUUGCACUGGGUAAUAUUCUAAAAUUUCGAAAGAAGAACUGGCAAUUUGAUUUCAUUGGCGGCAUUAUAUACUUUGUGUUGGUUUUUUCGAUGUUUCCACAGUGUAAGCUUGAUCACAUCUUGCAAGAUGAUUCAUUUUCUGGUCACUUGAGGAGUUUCUUUGGCACAGUGUGGAAUGCUUUUAUGCACGUGUUGGAGCACUCUUAUGUGUCCUUGGCUGGUGCUGUGGUAUUACUGAUAACUGCAAUUAUUUUCGUCCCUUCAAAAGUUUCUCGGAAGAAACGAGUAAUAAUUGGAAUCCUUCAUGUUUCUGCUCACCUGGCAGCAGCUCUGAUUCUUAUGCUGCUUUUGGAACUGGGUGUAGAGACAUGCAUUCAGCAUAAACUGCUAGCAACAUCUGGUUACCACUCUUUGUAUCAGUGGUAUCGGUCAGUGGAAAGUGAGCAUUUUCCAGAUCCUACUGGCCUUCGAGCUCGUAUAGAACAAUGGACGUUUGGUCUUUAUCCAGCAUGUAUCAAGUAUCUUAUGUCUGCUUUUGAUGUUCCAGAGGUAAUGGCAGUAACACGGAGCAAUAUUUGCAAGAAUGGGAUACAGUCACUCUCUCGAGGGGGUGCUGUCAUUUAUUAUGCUACUGUCUUCCUCUAUUUUUGGGUUUUUUCAACCCCUGUGGUUUCCUUGGUGUUUGGCAGCUACCUGUAUAUCUGCAUUAACUGGCUUCACAUCCACUUUGAUGAAGCCUUCUCCUCUCUUCGAAUUGCCAAUUACAAGUCAUUUACACGAUUCCACAUAAAGCCUGAUGGCGACCUUGAAGUUUUCACACUUGCAGUUGAUAAGGUGCCCAAGGAAUGGAAGUUGGAUCCUGAUUGGGAUGCUGAACCUAAACAGCCACAGCAGAUGAGCCAUCUAAGAAAAUUCCCAAGCAAGUGGAGUGCAGCUGCUGCUCAGCAGGACCCAGUUAACACUGUUAAAAUUGUUGAUCGCUUUGUGAUUUCACGUACAGAUAAGCCUGAUUCUGGAGUUGGUAAUGGGUCAGUUACUUGCUGAUCCGGGAUGCUCACGAUUUUAACUUCAUUUUAGUCCUCACCAUUUUUUUUUUACUGGGAAGAAAUGAACAAACAAAUCAAGGGAGGAAAUUUACUUCUCUUUCUGGCUUCGUGCAACUAGGCUUUGAUCUGUUCCAAUUUGUACAUAUAACUAGAUGACAUAUAUUUCUUUUGAAGAUUCAUUUUACAGUAUAAAGUAGGUAAGUAUCAAAUUGGCAUGCAUCAUUGGAGCUAUAGUAUGUAGUAAAAUCAUUUGUAAGCAUUUUGAGAGACUAGCAUUCUAAUACAUACAAUAUUCUGUAAGCAUGUUUAUGCAUUAGGAAUUUGAUGCAUAUAUGAAAGAUAAUUACUAUUCUCCAAA